AACACCCGUUGAUUGAAACGCGCGGUCUUAAGUAUCUUAUCAAUCAAUCUCCCAAACUCACGCGUUCGACGGUUCAUUUAACUAACUAGUUAAACUCGCACUCGAAACAGCUUCUACCUUCAGAUUUCCACCUAGCUUGGCUUCUCUCUCUUCUACUCUCUCAGAUCUUUAACCCACCUUUAAAACUUGAUCUACGACGCGUCGAGGACGCAUAUCUGCUAAUGGAACCUCCCGAGUUCGUUACUCUCGUGUCGAACGAUGGAUUCGAAUUCGUGAUUUCAAGAAGUGCGGCUUGUAUAUCAGGAACAAUACGUCGAAUGCUUGAUCCAGCUAGCAAAUUCUCCGAAGCCGUGACCGGCCGAUGUGUCUUCGAAGAUUUGAAUGGUGUCGUCCUCGAGAAGGUCUGCGAAUAUUUUCUCUAUCACGAGAAGAAUAAAGGCCAAUCUGAAGUGCCCGAUAUGGAUAUACCGCCAGAACUAUGUCUAGAGCUACUUAUUGCGGCUGAUUAUCUCGACAGUGAGUGCCGAGAGCGCUUCGAUUGCAAGCCCUUCUACAAAAUACACCUCAUCGAUAUUCCUGCUGACGUUCUUAACUUGAAGCAUAAACGGAUCAUGCGUUGUCGAUUCUGGGAAGCUGAAGAGAUAUAUUUGGCGUUUGAUGUUAAAUCUUGAGUAGAGCGGUUCGAUGCAGGAUAGCCAUGGUUUCAGCAAUAUGCUUCGUUGGCUUAUUUAGAGAGGCUAAGAUGAUACAUAGAUCUUUUUUUCUUCAGU